AUGACGGCCCUUGAGACCGCCACGACCAUCGUCGAGGUCCCUCGCCCUGAGGAGUCCCGCGACACUCGUGACAAACCGCAUCUCGCCAUCGACGACGAAAAGAAAUCCAAGGCUGGCUCUGCCGAGUCUCCCGAGAUUGCACCAGUCCCCCCGGCGUACGACAAUGACAGCAGUCAGGAAAAGGAGGACGGUAGCGAGGAUGUGAUCAUCAUCACGGGAGCCGAUGCGGCCACUCAUCUUCUCCCGCUGCGUGAUGACCACGACCCUUCGUUAACCUUCCGCGGUCUUUUUCUGGCCACUGGCUUGUCCGCCUUUCAGGCUGUCAUGUACCAGAUCUACACGUUCAAACCAACCCAAAUUACCAUCCAAGGUACAUUUAUCGUUCUCAUUGCUUACUUUAUUGGCGAAGCCUGGGCCAAUGUCCUCCCUCGUGGUGAUAAAUUGACUGCUCGCUGGAGAGCGCGAGGCGGCCAGGGGAAGCUCCCAUUCUGGAUCACCGUCGCAAACUUCAUCAACCCCGGGCCUUGGAGGUUGAAGGAACACGCCAUUUGCGCCAUCACAGCCACGUCGGCGUCCAACGCAUCCGCGAGCAUCAUGGUCUUUGCCGUUCAAGAUCUGUUUUACGACUUGCCCCUCAGUGGCACUACCGUCAUUCUGACCGUCAUCUCCAUCGGUUUGUUCGGGUAUGGCCUCUGCGGAAUCUUGCGGCCCAUCGCCGUCUGGCACGUCGACGCCGUUUACUGGGGCACGCUACCGACUGUCAAGACGCUCCAGGGGCUCCACUGGCAACACGUCAAGGACUCCAAACCUCUCCGCUGGUUCUGGUACAGCUUUACGGGCAUGUUCUUCUACGAGUUCUUCCCUGCUUAUAUCUGGCCAUGGCUCAACGCUGUCUCCAUCCCAUGCCUUGCCGCUAUGAAGGCGACUGGCCCGAAGGCGGCAAUCCUCACCAACCUCUUCGGAGGCUCCCUCAAUAACGAGGGCCUGGGACUCUUCUCGCUAUCGUUUGACUGGCAAUAUAUUACCUCCUUCAAUACUGCACUCCCGCUUUCGCUGCAGGUCCAUGUAGUGAUCGGCUAUCUUAUCUGCUUUGCUGCCAUGCUCGGUAUCUACUAUAACAAUGCAUGGGAGGCUAAAUCGCAGCCCUUCAUGUCGACGCGGCUUCGGUCGCAGGACGGCUCGACCUAUCCCAUCACCGAAGUCUUUACUGGGGGCGUGCUCAACAAAGAGGCCUUAGAGAAAUAUGGUAUCCCUCGCCUCACGGGGACUUUUGCGUACGCCAUGUUUAUGGCCAACGCCGCUAGCACCCUUUUGUACUCCCGCUACGGCAAUGGCAUCGCUACGAAUAACCUCUCCAAAAUGUUGGCAGGUUUGAUUCUCCCCGAGCGCCCCGUUGGCAACAUGUACUUUGCCGCUUGGUCGCACAAUGUGAUUUCCAACACCGUCAACCUGUCCAAUGACUUGAAGAUGGGUGAAUACCUUAAAAUCCCCCCUCGCGUCAUGUUCCUCACCCAGAUCUACGGUACCAUUCUAGGCGGGUUUGUCAGCUACGCCGUGAUGAUUUCCAUCGUCGGUGGGAACCGCGACCUCCUUGCCCUCACCGACGGGAACAGCUCUUGGAGCGGCGCCACCGCCCAGGCGUACAAUACCAACGCCACUUCGUGGGCUCUGGCCAAGUACCUGUACGCCGACGGGGCGUUGUACGAGAUGGUGCCAAUCGGUAUAGCCAUUGGGUUUGGUAUUGUCGUCAUCCACCGGGUGAUUGCACAUUUCAUCCCGCGCAUCCGCACGCUCUCCCUCUACGACAUCAACAUGCCGCAGCUCCUCCAGUACGCGGGCUACAUCCCCUACAACGCGUCGCAGACGUGCGUGCUGCUCAGCCAGGUGCUGGCGGGCUUCUUCGUGCAGCUGUACCUGCGCAACCGGCGGCCGCGCGUCUUUCGCGACUAUUCGUACCUGGUGACCGGCGCCUUCGACGGCGCCAGCCUCGCCGCCCUCUUCAUCCUGUCCUUUGCCGUGUUCGGCGCGGGGGGCCCGUCGGUGCCGUUCCCCAAGUGGUGGGGGAAUAAUGUGGAGGGGUAUUAUGAUCUUUGUCCGGUGGCCGAAUGA